UUUCCUGUUUGCCAGGGAGCCCGUGUCCUCGGUGGACUGGGGCCCAGGGUGGGUGGGCACCGCGGCUGCAGGCGGGUGCCCACGGCGGGGACUGGCUCCGCUGCCGCCCCAAGGGCAGCUCCCUCCCGGGGCGGCGGUGGGCACCGCGCGGGCCCUGGGCCCGGGGCGCGGCUCCUGGGGGAAGGUUUUCCUCGCCGGUCCCGGGUCCCCGACCCCCGGAAAGAGGGUUCCAGCUUCGGAGCUGAAGGGCCGGAGUGGCUGGGAGGGCGCCUGCAAACCGGCUUCUCGGCCGGGCAGGGACCAGGCCCGAGGAGCCUGAUGGCGUUUGAAGGAAGGACUCGAAUUCUGAUUGCUUUCUCUAAACCGGCCUUUCUGCCUAGUGAAUCUUUGGUGGUUUGUGAUGUUGCUGAAGAUUUGGUGGAAAAGCUGAGAAAGUUCCGUUUUCGUAGAGAAACAAACAAUGCUGCCAUUAUAAUGAAGAUUGAUAAGGAUAAGCGCCUGGUGGUACUGGAUGAAGAGCUUGAGGGUAUUUCACCAGAUGAACUUAAAGAUGAACUACCUGAACGACAACCUCGCUUCAUUGUGUAUAGUUAUAAAUAUCAGCAUGAUGAUGGAAGAGUUUCAUAUCCUCUGUGCUUUAUUUUCUCCAGUCCUGUUGGGUGUAAACCUGAACAACAGAUGAUGUAUGCUGGGAGUAAGAAUAAACUAGUCCAAACAGCUGAACUAACCAAGGUAUUUGAAAUAAGAAAUACUGAAGACCUAACUGAAGAAUGGUUACGUGAGAAACUUGGAUUUUUCACUAAUGUGAACUUCUAUGCUUCUAAAGUAUUUAUGUAUUAACUUGAUCAUACUGGAACCAGACAUAAAUACUUAUUUAUGCCUAAAAA